CACAGCCAGACCGAGGGACGGACGCUAGUCGCGCGGGCCACACUGAGCGUCCCUCUGCCGUGGCUGCCGUCCAGUCGCGCGCCCUAGACCCGCGGCUGGACCCAAUAGAUCGGAGCCCCGGGCCGACGCGCCCUUUGGCAUGGAGCACCCCCGGGGGCUGCCCUGAAGCGGCGGCGGCGAUGCGGCCAGCGCGGCGGCGGCCGGGGCCAGGAACGGCCGCCCGGAGCUCGGAGGACGCGGAGUGCGCCGCGCCGGGGGCACUGACCGAGGGUCUUCCAGUGACUAGUUCCUUUGCAGCUGGUACCUGGGAAAUGGCAGCCUCUGCUAGUGCAGCCUUGAAGACCGCCGCUUGUCUGCUCAGCACUGUUACUUAGAAGAUAGGAUUCAAGAGGAGCGGCCCUGCCUGGAGCUGGCCCGGGGGCGAGCCAGGGCCUCCCCGCCCCCGGGAUGACUGCAGCCGGCCGGGCCAACCCCUACAGCAUCGUGUCAUCCGAGGAGGACGGGCUGCACCUGGUCACCAUGUCGGGUGCCAACGGCUUUGGCAACGGCAAGGUGCAUACUCGGCGCAGGUGCCGAAACCGCUUCGUCAAGAAGAACGGCCAGUGCAACAUUGAAUUCGCCAACAUGGACGAGAAGUCGCAGCGCUACCUGGCUGACAUGUUCACCACCUGCGUGGACAUCCGCUGGCGCUACAUGCUGCUCAUCUUCUCCCUUGCCUUCCUUGCCUCCUGGCUGCUCUUUGGCGUCAUCUUCUGGGUCAUCGCGGUGGCCCACGGCGACCUGGAGCCAGCCGAGGGCCACGACCGCACCCCCUGCGUGAUGCAGGUGCACGGCUUCAUGGCGGCCUUCCUCUUCUCUAUCGAGACGCAGACCACCAUCGGCUACGGGCUGCGGUGCGUGACGGAGGAGUGCCCGGUGGCCGUCUUCAUGGUGGUAGCACAGUCCAUCGUGGGCUGCAUCAUCGACUCCUUCAUGAUCGGGGCAAUCAUGGCCAAGAUGGCCCGGCCCAAGAAGCGGGCGCAGACGCUGCUGUUCAGCCACAACGCCGUGGUGGCGCUGCGUGAUGGCAAGCUCUGCCUCAUGUGGCGCGUGGGCAACCUGCGCAAGAGCCACAUCGUGGAGGCCCAUGUGCGGGCCCAGCUCAUCAAGCCCAGGGUCACAGAGGAGGGAGAGUACAUCCCGCUGGACCAGAUCGACAUCGACGUCGGCUUUGACAAGGGCCUGGACCGCAUCUUUCUGGUGUCACCCAUCACCAUCUUGCACGAGAUCGACGAGGCCAGCCCGCUGUUUGGCAUCAGCCGGCAAGACUUGGAGACGGACGACUUCGAGAUUGUGGUCAUCUUGGAGGGCAUGGUGGAGGCCACGGCCAUGACCACGCAGGCCCGGAGCUCCUACCUGGCCAAUGAGAUCUUGUGGGGCCACCGCUUCGAGCCUGUGCUCUUCGAGGAGAAGAACCAGUACAAAAUCGACUACUCACAUUUUCACAAGACCUACGAGGUGCCCUCCACGCCCCGUUGCAGCGCCAAGGACCUGGUGGAGAACAAGUUCCUGCUGCCUAGCGCCAACUCCUUCUGCUACGAGAAUGAGCUGGCCUUUCUGAGUCGUGAUGAGGAGGACGAGGUGGACGGAGAGCAGGACGGCCGCAGCCCCCAGGCCAGGCACGACUUUGACAGACCCCAGGCCAGCAGCAGUGCGCUGGAGCAGCGGCCCUACAGACGGGAGUCGGAGAUCUGAGCCACCGUUGGCCAAGGUGCAACAUUGGCCCUGCCGGGGACGCCUGGCAGGGGAGACGCCUGGCAUGCCGAGAAGGCCGGGCUCCAGCAGAACGGGCCAGGCACCCCAGGUGCAGACUCAGUAGCACUUUAGAUGUUUUAUGUUUCUUCACAAUGGCCUCAGAGGGUUGUCAGGGGAGUGGGUGGCUGGAGCCAGUCGCCCUUGGCCUGAGAGGCCAGAGCAGCACAGGGCCGCGGGGCCGCCUCCUGGAGCCUCGCCACUGAUCUCUGCCUGCCCAGAAAUGGCUCUGGAACCACCAGGCUCUGGGGGCAAAGGCCAGCAGGCUGCAGCGCGUCUCGCUGGUUUUUAACUUGGGAAGAAACACCUGGUUUCGGCUUUCUCAACCUUAGCUUGAGUAAGACUGUUUACAAAAAAAAUAAUAACAAUAACAUGUGAUUGAAAAUUUUUUAAUUCAUGGGGGGGGGGUAUUAGAAUUUCAUUGGCCUGUCAGGAUUGCAAGCAAUUGCAUGGAGGCUCCAGAAGGUUCUGAGAUGGGACCCUCCACUCGAAGCUGGCUGCUGGCCCGUGCCAGCCGCUGUGGCCCCCGGGUGAGCAUAGAGCUCCCCGUGGUUUUGUGUACUCGCAGAGCAAAUUAGAUUCCGUUUGUGAUACUAAAACCAAGACCAUGUUAAUGAUCAUAAUAAAAGCUUUUCAAUGUCACUGGGGUAGGGGCAGGGGCUGGGGAAAAACUAAUUUGAGCUUUUUGAAUUUGACUUUGUAUUUUAGAGAUGCGUCUCAGGGCCAAAUCGGGACCUGCCGUGUGGGGUCCACUCUCUCUCCACCACCUGGAUUCUCCUGUUGUGCUUCUUUCUCCUUUUCUGGCCUCCACCCCUUCCACAGUGAGGGCCAGUUGGGAACUGUGGGAGUGAUGGCUCCUGGGAAGGGGGCACCAGGCUCCCAGGCUGUGAGGAAGCGAAUCGGCCCCAUCCCUACAGGGCUGAGCGUGAGUCGUGCCUUAGAGACCCCGGGGCUUGGCUCUCCUUGUUUCUGUUUUUAUGGGGCUUGCCUAAUUGGUCUUCCUUGCUGCCUCCAAACCCACCCAGGAGGCCCGACCAGCCCCUCUGUAGAGGCCGCUGAGUUGGCACUCCCCUACACCUGGGCAGCACAGGGGAUCCCAGGGGUGUCCUGCUGCUGAGGGGCAGAGGAACGUGGCAUUGUCACUGAGAUGGUUGGGAGUGUCACUCAUGCCAGGCACUCUGGCCAGAAGGAGCCUGGGGCCCUUGGUCAUCGCUGGAUCAGGAGCAGAUCAAUAGGGUCUUGUUCUUGGCAGAGGAGACAGCUAGUGGGCUCCGGGAUAGAGCCCAGGCCUUCCAGGCCAGCUGACAGCACUGUCCCCCCCUGGGGACCAGGCCAGCCAGGAAAUCUGUAGUGAGAGAGCCAGUGUCCGUCCAUCCAGGGCCCUCUAACUUGUGCCUCCAAGACAGUUCACAGACAGAAGGCAUCAGACUCUGGUCCAAGUGGGGAAACUGAGGUGGAAUGGAAGGUGAUGUAAUGAGUGGGUGGGUGAGGGAAGUGGAGAAAAGGGGACCUGAGUGGGGGCUCAUGCCUCUGUCCCCCUCUUCCGACCCUCACAGCAGUUGGAAUUGGGCUCUGAAGUCAGGGACCAUGGAGGGUCUGAGCAUCUGCUCACCGUUCUUUCCUACCCAGAGAUACCCAGACCAGCCCUGUAGUAGGCUGACUCUGGACACCCGCCCAGACCUCAGGACCCACCCCGAUUUCUGGCGAAAAGCUGUAGCCCGAGGCAGUGGACAUAGCACUAGAGCCCGGCUUCCUCCUGGCCUCCGGCUUUCUCAACCUUAGCUUUGAGGGCAGAGUGUGUGGAGUCCCUGUGGGAACGCUUGCCCACCCACCCCCUUCAACCUUGACCCCUGGACCCUCAGGCUGAGCCAGGGAGGGACAAGGAGGCCCCAUCACUUGGGGCCCGGUCUCGGGGCUGGUGCUCUGCUCUGCCCAGCGGCCUUUCAGGGCCUUUUAGGACCUUCCAGGGUCAAGUGGGCCUGCCAUUCACAAACUCUACCCAGAGGAGAUCCCAAGGGCCUCACAGCCCCUGCAGCCCUGGCCAUCUGGGUGACCUGGUCCCCCUCCCAGGCUCUUGCUGGACAGACCCUGCAGGAAAGCAGCCUCAAAUGGCCUUUCCUCUCUCCAAAGGCAGAUACUGCAUUUUCAAAGUUUUCUGCCCUCUUUUUCCUCCCCUGUGUUUAUUUAUUUAUUUAUUUAUUGCUUUUGCUAAUGACCAAAAUAGUCUCCCCUUUAGUGCACGAGAGGGCGGAUGGGAGGAACUGUGUGCGUGCAGAACGAGGAAACACUGCCCCGGGACGGGUGCUCGCAGGGGCCGUGUGCGCCGCGUGUGUGCUCGUGUGUGGUGUGUAGUGAGCAGAGUGUGCUGAGCACAGGGGAGCAGAGAGUGUGUGCCCGUGUGUGCCUGUGGCAUGUGGUGGGCGGGGUGUGUGUGCACUCGCGUAGACUUUGUACGUCCCGUGUGGUCUGCUCUGCAGGCAGGCACUUCAGCCUGCUCCUGCCCUUGCCCUCUGGCAGCCCAGCACUUGAGAGGUUUCCCGACAGCCUGAAUCUGGUGGUGCAGAGUGGAGAGUUGACCCAGGAAGAGGCCUCAGGUGCCAGGGGCCAGGUGCCCUCCACCAGGGACCCACUGGGGUGGGGUGUGAUUGUGUGAUUCCAGCGCUUCCAGCAGGUGAUGGCUGCCCUGGCUCUGUGUGUGUGCCCAAGCGUGUGGAUUCAUUUGUGCCCUGUCUUGCCUGUGUGUGAGAGAAACAUGCAGGAAUGACAUAGAUGCAGUGUGGAACCCUUCAGACGGGGGAGAGUUCUGCAGGUGUGUGCACACGCUCUCCACUCAUAUGUGAGUCUGCACUGAUUCUAUAUUUGCAUGUCGGUAUGUAUGCACACAUGUAGUUAUGUGUCCAUUUACUCACAGGUGUGUUUGUGUGUGUUUUCUAUGAGUGCAUUGGGCUAUAUGUUUACCAGGCCAGGCGCAUACCAGUCAGGAUGGUCAUGGGUGCUGGACAUCAGCACAGCUGAACCCCAUCGGCCCACCGACCUCUGCCUGCAGAGGUUAUGUCCAGUGGUCAUGCCUGGAGUGUGCCAAGGUGAGGCUUCUGUGUACCUGCGUGAGGUUAUAUCCACACAUGCUUGUGAGCACGCCACAUCCAGAGGUGAGUGUAUGUAGGUUGUGUGGAGGGGCCUUCCGCGUUUGCUGUGUGCCUGGGGUGCGUUCGUGUGGCAGCUCAGAGAGCAGGGCUGGAGGCAGUGCAAUGUGUGUGUGUGUGUGGGUCGCUGGGUGUAUGCACGUGAGUGUCAGGGGUGAUGUGUGUGCGCGUGCCUGUGCGUGCCACUCGGCACAGUGCCCCCACCCCACCCCCAUGCCCUGCUGGUGCUGUGCCACCACGCCCCUGCCUCCCCGCGGGUCCUGUGGGGCUGGGGCCUGGCGGGAGGGAGCCCCUGCACAGGGGUGUCUGCCCUGUGUGCGGUCAUAGAAUGUCUAAUCUAUUUUAAAUGGUGAAACCGGAGAAUUUUCAUGUUAUUUUCAAUACAUAGUGAUAUCUGAAGACAUAGGCCAUGAGACUAGACCACAUUAAAUGCAUUUUGAUCU